ACUUUCAGCUGGGUCUUUUUGCUAGCAGCAGAACACUCGCUAGCUUGAUCAGAUUCGUAGUAUUGUAUUCUUUCUGAUCUGUCAUCUCACCAAUACCGAAGGAUAGUUUUUGACUGCUCUCAAAUACUACCAAAACUCGAGUUAAAUUGACGGAUUGGAGGAAUCUCGCUUGUUUCGUUAUAAGUUUACCUGGUUAGCUAGCUAAAGUAGCUUAUAGCGGAAAGAGACGUUAACCGAGAAGUAAACUUGUUUACUGACAUAAUCUGCAUACAUACUAGGAUAGUGACAGUUAAUGCUAAAUUAUCAAGACUAACCACUCAAGGGUUGUUUCCUUGCUAACCAAAUAAGCUGUUCAACAAGCUAGCAACCAGAUAAAAUCAGAAUGCCCUGACUGCUCAAAUUCGGGGGAAAGCGCUGCUGUACGUACGAAAAUAGAUUUUUGCUCGACCAAAAGCUGUGAGGGAGAGGAGUCAUUCCUUUACAUCCGAACGUGCUCAGAGGGCCAAAGUCUUCUUUGUAACCAAAACAACCCACUGACAAUCGUCUCCCAAAUGUUGACAGAAAACAGGAAGCGGCGGCGGGGUGGAGACAAUGAGGGGGACCAGCUGGCCAAAAGGUCAGGAGGGGGGCAGGAGGGUCACGCCCUGGUGUCCAAGCUUGGCCAAGAUGUCUGGGACUCUGAGUCGUCCGGCAGUGACAGCAGUAGUGGUAUCAGUAGUCCUGAGAGGGCAGGGGGAGGAGCCAGCACCAGCACAUGUACACAGAGCCAGAAGAACUGCACUUCCCAGGGUCUCCUCAGUCCCUCGCCAGAAGACCCUUCAAUUUCCUCGUUGAGUCGCUAUGGCAGCAGCACUCCCUAUGACCACAUCAACAGUGUCCUGAGGGAGGCUGUCCAGUCUGCAGACCAGAGGUCAGCCAGGAUCUACGUGACCUCAACUCACCCCUGACCCAUCACUCCUGACCCCCGUUUCCCCAACUGGGCAGGGUCGGUUCAGGUCCAUCAGCCGCAGUGAACAUCGACUGCUCAUCCUCCCACCACAAAAAAGAGGGGACCAUGAUUACACCCACUUGCACAGAAGUAUUUUUUGUGACAACACCACAUUCUCCAUUGUUCAGAAUGUUCCAAUGGAAAUGAGCUUUUUGUUUCUCCCGUUCUUGAUAGAGGAAACUGUUGAGCGUAAAAACCCAGCAGCGCUGCAGUUCUAGACACAAACCGGUGAGCCUGACACCUUCUACCAUACCCCGUUCAAAGGCACUUU